UCGUCUUGUUUCGCGGCUUUUUGUGCAGCGGCAGUAGGGGAACAGAGCAGAGGGGUGGCGUCUCUGACAAUAUAUUCUCUCUGCACCAAACGGAGCAAACCAAACCCCUCUCUCUCUGCUCUACUCACUCUCUCUCUCUCCGUUCUCGCUCUAUUCAAUUCUAACCCAACCCAUUCGUAGAAUACAAGUUCAAACAGGCAAUUUACCAAAAAAGAACUAAAAAACAAAAAACAAGAAAGAAGCUCACAUGUGUUUAGCCCGUUUCCGGAAACCCAACCCGUUUUUCCUUCUAUUCUAGGGUUUUUAUCUGAUCUGGGUUCCUUUUCGCCGUCUUUCACUUCGGGUUCUUGCCUUUUGCUGCUGAAAUGUGAGAUCUUGAAGACUGUGGAAGCCAAUUGAAAUUCGUCGUACAGUGAAAUUGGAGUUUUUGUUGAACACUAGACUGGUUUUUGCUAGUUUUAGUUUUGUUGAAAAGAUCACAAACUGAGGAGUAGUUGAGUUGAGAUCACUUGAGGCAAUCAUCACUCUGUGAUGGAUUUCUUAAAAUUAAAGAAGUUCUGUAAAGCCUACAAACAGAAUCCAGAAAUUGGGACAGAGGAUAAACUCAUGCCUAGACCUGAAGAGAUCAAGAAUUCGGAUGGUCAGAGAUUGGGCAAUCCGAACCAGGUUAAUUCAAACAAUGUUGAAACAGAGGAUGAUGAUGAUGAUUUUAUCACCAAUGAAGUUAAGAGGAGGUUGAAGGAACUAAGGAGAAACAGCUUCAUGGUUCUGAUUCCGGAAGAAGAGACGUCCCCUGAAGAUGGGGAGGAAGAUGAGGAGGAGCAAGAAGAGGGGGAUAACAGCCUUAAUCAAUGGAGGGACGUUGAAGCUGAAGGAAGACAGUUUUGGUCGGGAUUUGAUGCUGUGUAUAACAAAUACUGCGAACGGAUGCUGUUUUAUGAUCAAUUGCGUGAUCAGCAGCUGCGUGAAUUUGGCUCUCAUGUUCCUUCAAAGCCAUCUCCAAUGCGUGCAUCUAAAAGGCUUGCAUCACCAUUUCGGUGUCUUUCCUUGAAGAACAUAGACGAACCAGAAGACGAAACUGAGCACCUUCACAAGCCAGGGUUUGACCCUUACCAUGAUCUUGAAACAGCUUAUGUGGCUCAGUUAUGUUUGACUUGGGAGAUACUUCAUUGCCAGUACACACAGUUGAGCCAGAAAAUAGCCCACCAACCUGAAAGUUCCACAUCUUACAAUCAUAGUGCCCAGCAGUUUCAACAAUUCCUUGUUUUGUUGCAGAGGUUUAUUGAAAACGAACCGUUUGAGCAUGGCUUGAGGCCAGAGAUUUAUGCACGUAGCAGGAGGUCAUUUAGUAAGCUACUUCAGGUGCCUAAAGUUGAAGGGUGUGAUCUGAAAAAGUCCGAAGAAGAUGAGAUUCUUGUUCUAGCCCCUGACCUAAUUAAAAUAAUUGAAAGUUCAAUUAUUACAUACCGGAAGUUCCUGAAAUUGGAUAACAAAAAAACAGGCGGUGUUCGAUAUAGAAGCCAUAAUGAGAUGGCUAUGCCCCUUCAACAGAUACAAUUCUCUCUAGAGAAAAAAGCCAUCAAACUGAAGGAUUCACGUAAGAGAAGUAAGAAACGGAAACAGCAAAUGUGGCCUUCAACGGCAGCUGAUGUUGACUUGUUGCUUGGCCUAAUUGAUGUCAAAGUCAUGGCUAGGGUUUUGAGGAUGGAAAAAAUCACAAAGGAACACUUAUUCUGGUGUGAAGAGAAGAUGAAAAAGUUAGAUGUGUCUGAUGGGAAGUUCCACAGGGAUCCCACAAUCCUCCUAUUUCCAUGUUGAAUUUCGAAGACGGGAUUUUGCUCUUUUUUGUUGGCUCAGCUCUUUUGGGGUAGAAUAGUAUCAAUCUUGAGUUGAUGUACAUGUAUUAGCAUGAAUUAUAGAUUUGUCCAACAUUAACUUUAUUGGGUCUUUAAUGGGCAUCUCUGUCUGCUUCAGCCUAUAAUCUUUUAUCAACAGAUUAAAAAGAAGCUAUCUUUUGAAAACCCCA